AUGCACGAAUCAUACUUCGCCAUGGGGGAGCGCGGCCGGCACGGCUGCUGGGCGCCAGUGUCCCUGAGGUUGUCGUGUAUGCCCACCACCACCACCACCACCACCACCACUACCACCAGCCACGACGCGGGUCGAGGACAAGUCGACGUCGAAAAUGUCAUGUUUCGUCGACUCAGCGAGGCGAGGAAGAUCGGCCGUCCCUUCCCUGUUGUUUCAGAGUUGCUCUGGGUUUGGCAGCCUUUCCCAUCUCCACUGAACCGGAUCCAGGGAACUCGACGUGCUUUUUGA